AUGCAACUCCCGCCGCACCCCCUGUACUCCUUAGAGCUCACGCCGCGCUUCGACGCCGACGGCGCGAGCAGCUUAUCGGUGCUCCUCCGGCUGCAGUUGCCAGUCACAAAGGCGCACGAGCCCGUGUUUGUCUUCAACACCUUCUACGGCAAUGUUCCCGGGCAUCCGUAUCAAGAAAAGGACAUCAACGUGACAGACGAUGCCGGCCCCCUAGAGCUCCAAUUCCACGACCUCCCUUCAGAGGGCCGGGACAAGAAACAGCACUGGUCCUUUACCAGAGAACCCCGGGGCGACAUCCUUCUCCGCUUCGAUGUCUUCCCCCGGAAAGUAGACAUCAAGACCCCGCUCGGCGCCCGCAUCGACCUCCGCCGCGACCAGGGCGGCCUGCACGGCGCCGGCAUGUGGUUUCUGCCGCAGCUCAUCAAUGAUCAGCUCUUCACCGUCCUAGUCAAGUGGAAUAUCCCGGCCAACGCGCCGGCCUCUACGCGAUGCGUGUGGAGCUACGGGGAGGGUACCAAGCCCAUGGUCCGCGUCGAUCGCUCCGAAGUCGUUCGGAACACCAUGUUCAUGGUCGGGCCCGUUCAGAGCUCUUCCGGAGCGUCGUCAUCUGCGUGUUACUGGUUCGGUGACCUUCCGCCAAACCUCGACCGGGUCAAGGGAUACAACACCGCCCUGUUCCCGAAGAUGGCGGAGUUCUUUGGGUCGUCUGCUGGAACGUAUCGCAUGUUUAUGCGGAAAUCCAUCGUCGGCUUUGGUGGUACCGGCUUCGAUGCAAGUUAUAUGCUGGAAUACGAUGACAGGAGUAGCGACGUCGAAGAUGACCGCCUCAUUCAAUUGUUUACGCAUGAAAUGGUGCACAGCUUUGCAACGAUUGAGACAGGCGAGGCAAAUGAGAACGACUGGUUUGAAGAAGGACUUGCAGAGUUGUAUUCGUCAUAUCUGCCCUAUCGCCUCGGCUUCCGUGGGAAAGACUUCUUGACCAGCACCAUUAAUGAUCAUCUCCAAGGCUACUUCACCAGCCCUCGCAUUAACAUGGACAUACGCGAUGCGGCCGCGGCCAUGUUCAACGACUGGUACGCAGAGUGGAUUUCCUACAAGCGCGGCUUCGCGUACCUCCUUUUCAUGGAUCUCUAUCUGCGCCGACACACCCGCUCGUACGACUUUACCACGGCAGGGCCCCUCGACUCCAUCAUUCUCGACUUGACAACAAGGCACAAGCAAGGAGAGGCUGUGGGCGCCCGUGAUUGGCUUGCCGCCCUAAAGACGUCUCUUGUGGGCGACGAGUUCCCAAUCGAGGAGCAUUACCAAGACAUGCUCCGGGGAAGGGCGGUCAUGAACUUUGAUGGCCUUUUCUUGGGCGAGCCAUCCAAGACACUGACGGCAGCUCAGCUUCCUAUCAUGGAAUUCGGGUUUGAUAAACGAAGCACGAACUCUCGCGUUGUCACGGGGCUUAUUCCGGGCUCAACUGCGGAUAAGGCAGGAUUGUGGGAAGGAGCUCAGAUUGUGAGCGUGUCUCGAGCCAGUGAUUGCAUUGAUGAUAUCCAGAAGACCUACAAAGUGGUUGUUCAAGACGGUCGGGGCACUCGUUUGAUAGAGUAUGUGCCCCGGGCGAAGAAGACUGCCCUCGCCUGGCAAUUGGAGGAAAGCGGUUGA